AUGCCUCCUAAAAAGCAACCUGAAAAAGGCGGGAAGGGUAACGCGGCAGCUAAAGGUGGAGCAAAAUCCGGCGGGGAUUCAAAAGAAUCUGGCGGGAAAGAAAAAAAAGGUGGCACCGCUGUCAAAGUCCGUCAUAUAUUAUGCGAAAAACAGUCGAAAUGUUUAGAGGCCCUAGAAAAGUUGAAAGCCGGUCAAAAGUUCCCUGAUGUAGCUGCUGCAUAUAGUGAGGAUAAGGCGCGUCAGGGUGGAGAUUUGGGUUGGAUGACGCGCGGUUCUAUGGUGGGACCUUUCCAAGAUGCAGCAUUUGCUUUACCAAUUUCUGCAGUAACAAAUCCGGUGUACACUGACCCUCCUAUUAAAACCAAAUUCGGAUAUCAUAUUAUUAUGGUAGAAGGAAAAAAAUGA